CGUUCGAGUUGUUACUAUGGACGCAGAGCUGGAGUUUGCCAUCCAGCCAAACACUACAGGCAAACAGUUGUUUGACCAGGUAGUUAAAACCAUAGGUUUGCGAGAAGUGUGGUACUUUGGUCUUCAGUAUGUGGACAACAAAGGAUUCCAGACUUGGCUGAAGCUUGAUAAAAAGGUUUCUGCUCAAGAAAUCAGAAAGGAGAAUCCUCUCCAGUUCAAAUUCCGUGCCAAGUUCUUCCCAGAGGAUGUGUCAGAAGAGCUGAUCCAGGACAUCACGCAGAAGCUCUUCUUCCUGCAGGUGAAGGAAGGGAUCCUCAGUGAUGAGAUCUACUGUCCUCCUGAAACAGCAGUACUUCUUGGCUCCUAUGCAGUGCAGGCCAAAUUUGGAGAUUACAACAAAGAGGUGCACAAGCCUGGAUACCUCAAUUCAGAGCGUCUGAUCCCCCAAAGGGUGAUGGACCAGCAUAAGCUCUCCAGAGAGCAGUGGGAAGAACGGACACAGGUGUGGCACGCUGAACACAGUGGCAUGCUCAAAGAGAAUGCCAUGCUGGAAUACCUGAAGAUUGCUCAAGACCUGGAGAUGUAUGGAAUCAACUACUUUGAAAUCAAGAAUAAGAAAGGAACUGACCUUUGGCUGGGGGUCGAUGCCUUGGGGCUCAACAUCUAUGAAAAGGAUGACAAGCUGACUCCAAAGAUUGGGUUCCCCUGGAGCGAAAUCAGAAAUAUCUCUUUCAAUGACAAGAAGUUUGUUAUAAAACCUAUUGACAAGAAGGCACCUGACUUUGUGUUUUAUGCUCCUCGUCUCAGAAUUAACAAGAGGAUCCUGCAGCUCUGCAUGGGCAACCAUGAACUGUAUAUGCGGCGCAGGAAGCCCGACACCAUUGAGGUGCAGCAGAUGAAAGCCCAGGCCCGGGAGGAGAAGCACCAGAAACAGCUGGAAAGGCAACAACUAGAAAAUGAAAAGAAGAAGAGGGAGACAAUAGAGAGGGAGAAAGAACAAAUGUUGAGGGAGAAGGAGGAGCUGCUGGUGAGGCUACAAGAGUAUGAGGUGAAGACUCAAAAAGCAGAGAAAGAGCUCUCAGAUCAGAUCCAAAGAGCCAUUCAGCUGGAGGAAGAAAGGAGACGAGCCCAGGAGGAAGCAGAGCGCUUGGAAGCUGAUCGUUUGGCUGCUCUGCAGGCCAAGGAAGAGCUGGAGAGACAAACGAUGGACCAGAUAAAGAGCCAGGAACAGCUGGCUACGGAGCUUGCAGAGUAUACAGCCAAGAUUGCACUUCUUGAAGAGGCAAGGAGGCGUAAAGAGAGUGAGGUUGAAGAGUGGCAGAUCAGAGCCAAGGAAGCCCAGGAGGAUCUGGUAAAGACAAAGGAGGAGCUACAGCUGGUAAUGACUGCUCCACCUCCACCCCCACCGCCUGUCUAUGAGCCAGUCAAUUACCAUGUCCAUGAUAACUUGCAAGAUGAAGGAUCUGAGUACUCUGCCUACAGCGCAGAGUUCUCCAGCGAGGGGAUCAGGAAUGACCGCAAUGAGGAGAAACGCAUUACUGAAGCAGAGAAGAAUGAACGUGUACAGAGGCAACUGAGGGCGCUGACAGAUGAGCUGGCCCAGGCUAGAGAUGAAAAUAAGAGGACCCACAAUGAUAUUAUCCACUCGGAGAACAUGCGACAGGGACGGGACAAGUACAAGACGCUGCGGCAGAUCCGGCAAGGCAACACCAAGCAGAGAAUUGAUGAGUUUGAGGCGAUGUAAUGAUGCUUGUAACAAGAAGGCAGGACUGUGGGAGAGGCAGAUCUUAGUG